CAGGAAAAUCCUCAUUUACCUCAUAUUGUAUGAUACUAGAAUCCAUUGGAAAAAAUGUGCAAAUUGGAAAAUAAUGUCUGAAAACGGGUCAUCCCAAUAUUCAAAUAACACCCGUGGGUCUCAUCCUCACUCUGAGAUAAGUGGCACCAAUGUGCCACUUCCACUAGUGACAGCAUAUAAAGGAGAUGUAAAAUCUAACAAAAGCAAUCCAGAGGUGCUUCCAAAGUUACCCUCUCAUAGAUUUCGUUGGACAAACUGGCAUGAACUACGUAACAAUCACAUUCAAGGCCCCCAACUGAAGGCACCUAGAGUGAGAGAGGGCCCUCCAGAGAAGGAAGAACAGUUCUAUACAGAUAAAAAUGAUGAAGGGGAGCUCAUGCACACAUCAAAGAAAGGCAAGGAACGUAAAGAUUACCAGGAUAAAGCUGAAGAUUGGGAGGAAGCUGAAUUUGCCAACCUGUCAUUCCAAGACCUACAACACAAGUACCAGAAAGAUAACUUUCUUCGUGUUUUGAAGCGUCUUCAUGUUGUAGAGGAAUUGAACCUUAUUGACAACAACCUUACUGACCUCUCAUCAGUCACAUUCCCAAAAUGUGAAUUCUUAAACUUGAAUAGGAAUCACAUUGCAUCAUUCAAGUCACUGCCAAAGCUUCCUAAGGUCAAAUAUUUAUCAGUAGGAGAGAACAACAUCACAUUACUUGAUGGAAUAGACAACCUGAGAAAAUCUCCCAUAGACAUACUUUACCUUAAAGGAAACUCUGUAGUGUUUACAGAGUACUAUAGACAGAGGGUUUUCCUGGAGUUACCCCACCUGAAAGUCCUAGAUGGCAUCCCCAAGUUACCCUCUGAUACUGCACCUCUACCUGAUGACUUUGUUGAUAAAUCCUCCACAUGCGUUAUCUCAUAAUCCUCAAUACAGCACUGUACAAUAACUUAUGUGACGGAAUAGAAUUCUGAAGACACUAUCUAGAAGACUUCUGAUUAUAACAUAAGGCUGAUAGAAAGGAAUCCUCCAUCUGUUCAGGAUUGGUUUUUGUUUUAAAAUGGUGAAAGUGCCA